AUGUUUGUUGUGAGAGAAAUUCGAGUAUUUUAUCUUUUAUUUGUUCGUAAUACUUCAUUAUACAAAGCGGAAGAAUUUGAAAGGACUCAACGUAAUAUUUUCCACCAAAAAUCAAUUAUCUUUUCAUUACUUUUCCUUCAUUUUUGUUAUGAUAUGAAAAACGAUAGAAAGAAAACAUUUUCACAACCAAUGACGCCCACGCACAAUUUGUCUUUCUGA